AUUUUGGGUUCAAAUCUGCGUGUUUUCAUGUUUUGUUGCGCGUAUUCUCUUGAAUACUGCGAAACUAUUGGUGCAAACAAUUUUUGAUUUCGGGAAGUAACGGGCUGUGUCAAAAUGCGUUUAAAAGUUGUUGUGAGGGUACGACCCAUGUCCCAAAGAGAGAAGCAAUGUGGAUCAAAAAAGAUAGUAACAGUGGAAAGCAACAAUUUAGCCAUCACCAAUAUUAAAGUACCAGAACAAAAUGCAGGCGACAGCAGGGAAAGGAUUAGAAGAUUUGCGUUUGACUACUGCUUUUCAGAGGAUACCUCACAAGAUCAGAUAUUUGAAACGGUGGAAUCUAUAGUGGGAAGAUCUUUAAAGAGUCGCUGUCAUUCCUGUGUGUUGACGUACGGUCAGACAUCAUCAGGCAAAACGCACACUAUGAUGGGAUUUCCUCACGAUCCUGGGUUAACUCCCAGAUUGUGCCGGCGAAUUUUUAAAUACUUCGAAGAAGGUGCUAUAGGAGAGGAGGCAGCUCGCAUGAAAAUCACUGUUAGUUAUUUGGAAAUUUAUAACGAAAAAGUAGCCGAUCUGCUGAGCAACGACUACCAAUCAACAAAGGUUGCAAAUUUGAAAGUGAGAGAACAUCCUAAACGAGGACCAUAUGUCGAAGGUUUAUCCGAGCAUGAUGUUUCAAACGACAUUGAGCUUCUUGAACGUUUAGAGGCGGGUACCGCCAAACGUAGAGUUGGAUUUACUUCGACUAAUCCCAAAUCUAGUAGAAGUCAUUCCGUUUUCUCGGUUACUUGCGAUGGCGUAAAAUUACACUUGGUGGAUUUGGCUGGAAACGAGAGAGCUGGAAGUCCGGGAUACGGCCCAUCAAGGUUCAGAGAAGGUGCCAAUAUCAACAAGAGUCUUGUUGCAUUGGGAAAUGUCAUCUCGGUACUAGCGGAGCAUUCCAGACCAUCGACCAGGAACAAGUUCGUGCCGUACCGUGACUCAGUGCUGACAUGGCUGUUGAAAGACACCCUUCAAGGGAAUUCCGAAACUGUAAUGAUUGCCACGAUUUCACCAUCAAGUUCAUGCUAUAGUGAGACUAUAAAUACUCUGCGGUUUGGACAAAGAGCCAAGCUUAUCGUUUACAAACCUGUAGCCAUUGAAGAUCCCAAGGAGAGGACCAUCCGAGAAUUAAGAGCGGAGAUUGCAAAGUUGCGGGAGUUACUUGCAUCGACGCACCAAGUAAGUUCUAUAGACUGUGUUCACAAGCAAAUGACAAACGACAAAUUGGAUAAUACGGAGUGCCUAACCGAAAUACGCGACCCAAAGGAAGAAGAGCAGCAAGAGUCACACGAGCGCAGAGAUGCGUAUGCUGCACCAACCAACUUAACACCGACCAAGCCCGAAGCGUUCCACGCAAACCUGCAUCUGGUUCCCACGAUGGAAGUGACCAGUUCGGUUACUCCUCACCGACCUAACACGCUCUCCAGAAUGUGCAGUUUCGACAGGACAUAUAGCGUCGAUUCGGAAAACUCCAAAACGUUCAGUUCGCAGGAAUCGUUACAAUCGCCGAAACACAGCAAGUCGACGAAAAGUUCUUCAACUACCAACUCCAGGGAAUCUCUACCAGGUACCGCUCAAAGACGCUCCUCGGUAUCUAACUUUUCCGUGCCGACCAAGCAAACUUCCCUAACACUAAAAAGACAAUCCAUCAACAAAUCCAACCCAUCUUUGAACAAACCAAAUCCGUCGUCGUCUUUGAAGACGAUCACCCAGCGGAGGAUUCUGGGCAGCGUUCAGAAGAACGCCGAAGUGGUGGAACUAAAAAACGUCGUACCUAAGGUCGAUACGAACAGAAAAGCGUUGACCAAACCCAGGUCUCAUGUAGUUGCCGCCGUCACGAACCGCCUUUACAGCAAAGUAAACAAAAAGGAAGCUUCCACAAGUACUGAAAACGCUUUGCUAUUGAAAACUUCGACGCCGGCUAAGUCGCGCUUGAGGGAACUUACUCAGAGGGCGCUGAAGGCGUACAAGAACCGCCACGUCGAAACACAGACUGACAAUUGUACGGUUCUGAGGUUAAAAGAGGUCGGCACCGAUUGCACAGGGUUGAAACGCGACCUCGUGGAAAUAAAGGACGCGUCUACGUCCGAUCGACGUGACACCAGGGACGUUGAAGUGGAAUGCACCCUUUUGGGUGGAUUUAUCGCCCCAGACGUAAAGACCGGCUUAGUUUUGACGCGUUCCUGUGGGGUUCAAGCUACAGAGGAACGAAGCGCUGGGGUGUCUUUCACCAAGUACUUGACGGAAAAUCAGGCAAAUCCCAUAUUCGCAGACUCGGUGAAUAUAAAUAUAUCGCACAAUUACGUGAACGCGAAUAGAGCCAACAGUUUGUCGGAUGAGAGUUUGAACCGGCAACGACAAUCUUUUAACACGCCCGAUCUUAUUAGCAAUCACAACUCCCUGGAGCAACAUCCUAGCCCCGAUACGGCCGAAAUUAAAGAAUCAUCCAAAGUGUGUUUCGCUAUGGGCGAUCUUUUAGAGGACGCAUCCGAGCAGGUCGAGGUCUCCUCCGAGAUGAUUCGCAUGGCUAAAGCAGGUAUUCUGGAGACUCUAGAUGAUAAAUAUCAUUUAACCAAGGUCGAUGUUUUAUCCGCUCACGCUGCCGAGAUCCAGUCUAACGUUUUCCGCGAAUGUUGCGUCGCGAUGAAGGACUUUCUACCCGAUUUAGUAAAUGCGACGUUGGUAAAAAUCGAAGAACCCGAAUAUUGUCCAGUGAUAAUACGACAGCCAGCAGCCAGGCAGUCUUCUACGACAAUCCUUCUCGAACCGAAAAUAUUCAACAGCUCCAGUGAAUCUAGUUUAGAUCUGUUCUCGGAUGUUGCUGAAUCAGUGGUGUUUCAUAAAGGGCAGUCUUCGAAAAAAUCGAAAAGCAAAAACGAAAGACUGAUAACGGCCAUGUCAAAUUUUAUGGAAGAAGCCACGACGCUAAUGAAAAACUUGACAAAAACCGCGAGCCAAUUGGAAAUCGGUUCGCAUAGGCACUGUUUCGAAGACUGCAAUUUACGCGUAACGGUUAACGACAUCGAAGGUCUUGACGAAAUCAAGAGAAGACGGAAGAAAGCUGUGAGGGAAUCCAGCAGCACUCAAACUGAACAGCCGUCGAGAGAGAGUUGUUGUUCUCAAACGUCCGAUGAUUUUUUGGACCUCAUAGUGCCUAUCAACAAGUACGAAGUUCUUUUGCAAGAUUCCUGCAAGAGACUGGAGGAGAAGAUAAAUAAGAUUUCGCGACCCGUGAGUGUAGCGUCGGCUGACUGUGAACAUCAACUUCAUGAACACUUUUCGAGGGCGAAAUAUUGGGAUUUGAGCAACCUUGAGGUUGAAGAUUCCAGUUUGGAAAGUAACCCGGUAACAUUUUCAGACUACGGUAGUCUGCCGAGGAAAACUUACAAGAGGCGCAGGACGCCCACUUGCAGUCCAAGUGCAUUUUUAAAACAAUUGACAAAUAUGAGAAAACGAGUUAUAGAGUCUUCGAGGGAAGAAUUGUUGCACAGCAGUGGCAAGCAAUACGAAUAAGCGACAAUUAACUCCAAAAUAUUAAUUUCUUUCGUUUUAUGUUAUCAUAAACUUAAUAUUAUGCGAAAUGUACGUAUUUAUUAGUAUACGUAUAGAUUCAAAAAAAUGAAGUAACCUAUCGGGAAUAAGUCAUAUAACCAUUUCAUUUUAUAAUAGAUGCCAUCGGCCAUAAAACAACUGGUUAUAAAUCAAAACUAAAUUUUUUACAUAAAUUAAUAACAUACAGGGUUUUGAAAAUGGGAUUUCAAUAAAAUAAAAACAUCAAAUUCUAAAUUUGUGUUUCUGAAUGAGAAAACACACUUGUUAUGGUAUUUUUGAACCAUAUUCUCACACCUCUCAUUUUUCUUUUCUCUUCCUGGUACACCCAAUAAGAAAGCUAGUUUUUAUUGUUUCAGUUUGAUAUUUUUAAAUAUUACGCAUAUGCUAUACAACGCAGUUCCUGUGAACAUUAUAUUCCAAAGGACUGGACACAUGUAUUUUCGACUUGUGUGAAAAAAAUGCAAAGCAAUUUGAUGUGACUUUUUGUGCAAACCUUCGCUUUUAAAUAAUUCAAUUAUUUUGGAAAAAGGUAACAGUAUAUUUGGCGACUUUUUUCUGCUGCACCCACAAAGGUUAUAUAGAUCCAUCCACAUCUCAAAAAUAAUAUUUAUGAGAAGGUAACAAAAGCCUUAAUUUUGAAAUCAAGAUACGUUAAAACUUUAAAAAGUUGCAUUAAACUGAUAUUUUAAUUUCCCGCAAAAAUGCACAAGUCUAUUCAAGUCUGGAUGCGGAAAAAAUGUAGACACUCCUUUGAAUUUAUUAAAUUAUUAAUUAUUAUUAAACUCGUUUAAUUUAAGCUAAUAUAGUUACUACCCUGCGUGUAAAAAUAUAUUUUUGUAAAUUGUAUCAUGAACCUACCAAGAUUCUGCAUAUCUGUUUCAUACCUCGAAAACACAUUUGGAUGAUUGUUGACGUGACCGCAAGCCAUACUAGCCGCUCUGUUGCUCUGUAUAUUUGAUUUGAAGGUUACGUUAGAUUCUAUAAUUUUCCCAAUAAACCAUUUACUUAAAAAAAUAAAUACUCACAAAAUCUGUCAAGUCCACUCAAAGACUGAAAUUUGGUAGAUUUGAUCGAAUUAUAGCAUUAGUUUUGAAGAAAGUUUUUAUUGAACAUUCACAUACUUUAAUUGGAUUUUUGGUUAGUAUAGUUCAUUUUCGUUUAAAUUAAAACAUUUAAAAUGUUUACUCCUAUUAUUCCCCUGUUUUUAUAAUUAAUGGAAUAACAAAUUUGUAAUGGACCAUAAUAACAUUCAGGUAAAGACUGCGCCUGCUUUUGUACCAUAUUUAAGCACAUGAUAGUAUAUAGAAUCGAUAUUUUUAUUUAUAACACAAUUAUGUUUAAAUUUGUCUUUAACUUACAAAUAUAUUCAUACAUUUUCAGAAAUAGGAAUUACUUUUGAACUUACCGUGACUUUCAUUCUUCAUUUGCGCAUACGCAAAUCCGCAACUUGAUCUUUGUGUCU